AGGGCCCUUAGCCACCAAGGAGUUGGUGGUGGCCUUCCCCUCCCCCAUCCCCCUCCACACUGAAGUCCCCUAUUCACAUCCUUCUUUAGCAGGUACUAUGAAAAGGUAAAUGCUCAGAAAGCUGAGGGGGGGGACAGUAGACACCGAGAGGAUAUCUGGGAUCGGGGCUACCAGCAGGUGUAACUGACUGUUUGGGCUACGUUCACUGCUGAUAUCAACCCCACACCCACAACCGAGUCCCAAGCCCCUCAAGCCUUGCCCCCUACCCACCUUUCGGAUGGUAAACUACUAUGAGGUGCUCGGCGUGCAGUCGAGCGCCUCUCAGGAGGACAUAAAGAAAGCAUAUCGUAAGCUUGCCCUGCGUUGGCACCCAGACAAGAACCCGGACAAUAAGGAGGAGGCAGAGAAAAAGUUCAAGCAGGUGUCUGAGGCCUACGAGGUUCUCUCUGACUCCAAGAAGCGGUCGAUGUACGACAGGUCAGGGUCAGAUGGCUGGCGGGCUGGCGGCGGCGGGGCAGGAGCCACUUACAACAGCCCCUUCAGCUCAGGCUACACCUUCCGCAAUCCCGAAGACAUCUUUAAGGAAUUUUUUGGUGGUAUGGAUCCAUUCUCUUUUGACUUCUGGGACAAUCCCUUCAGCAGUGACCGGGAUCGGGACAGCAGCAGAGGCCGGGGUUUGCGGGGAGCCUUUUCUGCUGGCUUCGGGGAAUUCCCUGCCUUCAUGGAGGCCUUCUCCUCCUUUGACUCCCUAGGCCACGGAGGCAGGGCCACCUUUUCCUCCGCGUCCUUUGGGGGCUCAGGUUCAGGUAGCUCUGGCUACAAGUCGGUGAUGUCAUCCACGGAGGUGAUCAAUGGACGCAAGAUCACCACCAAGCGAAUUGUGGAGAAUGGGCAGGAGCGAGUGGAGGUUGAGGAGGACGGGCAGCUGAAGUCAGUGACCAUCAAUGGGAAGGAACAGCUCAAGCGGGUGGACAACAAGAACAUUGUGGAGAAAGUGUUCUGCAACCCUUAAAGCACCAGACAUGUAAGAAUGAGGAGGAGGAGGAGGAGGAGGAGGAGGAGGAGGAGGAGGAGUAAAGUAAGAUAGGCUGUGAAGGACGCAGCCAGUCAAUUCUAAAGGUCGUUGGAGGAGGGAGAGUUCACUGUGGUCAGGAGUAAUCAGAGAGGAUCCCCAGAGGAGAUGGCUCUCAAGCUGGGACUUGAAGAGAGGGAAGGAGUCAGACAAGCGGAGAUUGGAGUAGCAAGAACAUUCUGGGCAUGUACAAUGGCAACUAAGGCACAGAGGCAGAAAUGACACCCAUAGUAGGGAGGGAGUGAGUAGUAGAUCAUCUGAUGGGAAUAGAAGGCUCCAUUUGGGGUGUAAUAGGAGUUAAAACAGGAAAGGCUGGUGGAGGCCAAUUCACUGAAAUCUUUGAAUGCCAGGCUAAGGAAUUUAGACUUUAUUUCAUAGACACUAAGUAUUUCAGAGCAAGGGGGUGUAACAUGAUGUGGCUGGGGUGACUGGAGGGAGUGUUAUGGAAUAGGGGAGACCAAUCUCAUGUGGUUCUUUUCAAGGAUCUGUAGGUCUCAACCAGGAAGAAAGAAAACUUUCUUAUACCUUAUUAUUCAGAGCAAUAUGGCACCAAUCUUGUUGGAGUUCAGGCUUUUGAGAGCCUGGAAAGGACCUACAUGUAUCCACAAUCUUCUCAUUUGGUGAAAUAAGAUAACUGAAUUCCACAGAGAAGAAUUGGCUUGCCCGAAGUCACACAGCCAAAUAUGAAGCCUAAAGCAAGUCUUCUGACUCUAAAUCUUAUAGUAUUUCUACUGUACCGUGCUUUCCCAAUGAAACCCCCUUGCUAAUUUAGGUGGGUAAAAGUGUCAGGGAAGCAACAAAGGGCUUUUCGAACCUUCAACAAUCCAGGCAAAAGUCUAAUUCCAGUAACAAGUGGAUGACUGAGUUUAGACUGACUGCCGGACAGUCUAGGGAGCAGGAGAAGGAUAGGGUUUCAUACAUUUAGAAUGGGAAAGAGAAACAUCUGAGAUCUGUCCAGAGAGAUGGACAUCUAAAGCUUCCAUUUAAAAAAUAAUUUUUUUCAAUUAAUAAGCAUUUAUUUUCUCUCUUUCCUACCUCCUUCACCAUUG